AUGGCUCACCACAUAAAGGUUACUGUCAGCAAGCCUUACAAUCUAAAUUAUACUGCUAGAACCCAUGUAAAGCUGUGCCAGCCAGUACCAAGAUGUGGCAAAAGGAUCUACAACCCCUUGGAGCAGUGUUGUGAGGAUGACAAUAUCAUACCCCUUAACCACGUCAGGCAUUGUGGUCCUCAUUGCAUCCAUUGGCCCUACUUUGAAUUGUGCCAUCCUGAGUCCUUUACCUCCCAGAACAAAUUUAUUAUCAAGUUGAAGAUUCAGGGGGAGAGAUCCCAAUGUAGAUCAUCCCCUAUCUCUGGAGACUGUGACAGCAGAAAGACAUUUUUACACAGAAGAUAUUCAAGAAAAGAAACUUCUUGUUAGGCAAGAAAGUAAUGUCCAGGAUGAAGAAUUCAACAAUGAUGUCUGUUUAGGAAAAGGGAAAUUGUAAAGAUUCCUAGGAUCCUAUCAACAUAAAAGCAGCAAACUGUCUGUGAGAAGAGACUCUCAGGCUAGGAGAGCUGCCUGCAUGUCCUGCAGUGAGCUCCAGAAAUGCAGUUUUUGUGAGUAGUCACCAUACUGGGCUUGGCUUUUUAGUAAUGCAGCUGACUUUGAUUCCUCCCUACCCUGUUAGGAAUCCCUUGCCCAUACUUGUAAGGAACAAAAUUAAACUGAUUGGUUGAAAAUGUGGA